CAAAUACCAAGUGAAUUUUGCUCGAAUUUUCUCUUCAAAACAUAGCCAUAAUGAGUUCUGGAAAACACCUCGGCAAAGGUUCAUCGAAACCCGUUCUGCCCGACGAUGGAAAACUGCGUUUGUUUUCGAUGCGCUUCUGCCCAUAUGCAGAGCGCGCACAUCUUGUGCUGAAUGCCAAGAAGGUGCCCUACCAUACCGUCUAUAUCAAUCUCACCGAGAAGCCCGAAUGGCUGGUGGAGGUGAGCCCGCUGCUGAAGGUGCCUGCACUCCAACUGCCGGGGGAGAAGGGAGAGCCCUCGCUCAUCGAGUCGCUGAUCAUUGCCGAGUAUCUGGAUGAGAAGUAUCCGCAGAAUCCUCUUCUGCCCAAGGACCCUCUGAAGCGGGCCGAGGAUAAGAUCCUGGUGGAGCGCUUCAGUGCCGUCACCAAUGCAUUCAUGAAGAUCUUGUUCCACAGCACUGGCCUCGAUGACUACUGGCUUGCCCUGGAGAUCUUCGAGAAAGAGCUGGUCAAGCGGGGCACACCCUUUUUCGGCGGCGACAGGCCUGGCUUUGUGGACUACAUGAUUUGGCCCUGGCUGGAGCGUCUGGCUGUGAUUGGGUUCAUCCUCGAGGACAGCUACAACUUCGAUGCAAAACGCUUUCCCAGGAUUGCCAAUCUGAUUGAUCUGCUCAAGGCGGAUGAUGUGGUGAAGUCCUUCUAUGCUACGCCCGAGCAGCACAUCGAGUUCUGGAGAGGCCGCAAGUCGGGCAACACCAACUACGAUCUGCUGGCCUAGAUCUCGAGAUACUCAAUUCUAUAGUUCUUACUUUCUGAUUCCGAGAGAUGAAUAAAGUUUUUCAAUAACAGAA